AUGCUGACGGCCGGUGGACGCUCCGUCAAGUAUGUCUUGUUCCUGGCAAACCUCAUCAUAUUGCUGGGAGGGAUCGUGGUCUUCUCUGUGGGGGCAUGGGCUCUCGUCGACAGCAGCUUCAUGGAGAGGCUGCUCGGCAGCGACAUGUUCGCAACGUCGGCUGCGACGUUAAUGGCCGCAGGAUGCAUCGUCGUACUCGUGUCAUUGCUGGGCUGCCUCGGCGCUUUCAAAGAAGUCAAAUGUCUCCUUAUAGUCUACUUCCUUCAACUCCUGAUUGUAUUCGUCAUAAUGUUGGCCGGUGGCGUCGUCGGAUACAUUUUUAGGGGAGACGUUGAUAAAUCCGUUUACAAGGCCAUGUGGGAAUCGAUUCCGCUCUACAACAACGACACAGCAGUCACCCACGCCUGGGACGGAGUCCAGAAAAAUUUCAUGUGCUGUGGUAUGCGCGACAAAGAUAAACCAAACGAACGACCGCUGGCCGCCUGGAAGCGGAACAAAAGCUUCAACACCAAUAUUCGCGUACCUAACUCGUGUUGCAUGAGGACUGAAUGGCUUGGUGGUUGCAGGAAGAACCCAACUGAACGGGAUACUUAUAUGGAGGACUGUCAUGUGAAAGUUCGAGAUUUCAUCAAGAGUCAUGCUUUAGCUUUGGGAGCGGUUGGUAUAACUGUGGCUUGCUUAGUUCUUCUCGGCAUGGUCCUGUCUUGUGCCCUCAUACUCAUCAUAGAAUGAAACGAAUCGACACCGAAGAAACCCGAAGCGGACUCCCCGAUACCGGGGGAACCACGAAACCUCGAGCAAGGGAUGGAGAGGAACGAUUUUUGCCAAGAGAUCCCUCCGGGGAAGGCCCAAUUCCACAGACCUUUGACGAAGGAGCAAUAAGUGUGAUAGGGGAGUGGAAUCACUCCGAUCCGAGAGCUGGUCAUGCAAGGGUCGGUGUGCCCACCCACCUCCCGGCUGGUGCGCGUCUCAAUCCGACAUCAUCGUAGACAUCGAACUCACAAUUUCGAGCACCGAACUCAUCCUUUCGAAAGCGAUCUCACCGAUCCAUUCAAGCAAUUUAGUCGAAAAGAGUACAGGAUGAGCAGAACUCUCUUCGAAUACAGAGCCCGCUCAUACGGUCAGUCGCCUGCUCGGACACGCCCCAACCUCAUCCUUACGCCAUGAGCACCUCCGGAGAACUAGGUAUGAUACAUAAUUGUUUCAUGAUGCCUCAUAACCAUU